AUGCCCACGCCGACGCCGACGGCCACUUUCGCCGAAAAGACAGCCAAUUCCGCAACUUUAUCUCUACAGAACCUGGUGCAAAGUUUCCUCCAGAGAAAGAUCGCUACGCGCUCUAUGCGAACUAUGGGUGCCCUUGGGCAUGCCCACCGGACCAUCCUUGUCCGUGCCCUGAAAUCACUCGAACCCUUGAUCCAGCUGAUCAUAACCGACUUCAACCUGACUGAGAAUGGAUGGCUCUUCACAGGCCGCAACGGGUCCGAUCCCGUCGACCCUUUGUACGGCUUCACCUCCCUGAAGCAACUCUACCUGAAAGCAGACCCACAAUACGAUGGCCGCUACACAGUCCCUGUUCUCUGGGACAAGAAAACACAAACAAUCGUGAACAACGAGUCUAGCGAGAUCAUUCGCAUGUUCUAUGACAGCUUCGACGAGUUCCUCGAGCCCGACCAGCGUGAAGCUAAUAAGCCUGGCGGAGGAUUUUAUCCGCCACACCUGCGCAAACAGAUUGAUGAGAUGAAUGAAUGGGUCUACAACACAGUCAACAACGGUGUGUACAAGUGCGGCUUCGCAACGACCCAAGAGGCGUACGAUGCAAAUGUCUACCCACUUUUCAAGUCACUGGACCGGCUCGAAGCACAUCUCGCAGACCCCAGCCACCAGCCGUAUCUUUUCGGCGAGCAUCUCACUGAAGCUGACGUGAGGCUAUACACUACCAUGGCGCGCUUUGACGUUGCAUACUACAAUAUAUUCAAUUGCAACCUCAAGAUGAUCAGACAUGACUACCCGCGUCUCUCGAAGUGGCUGCGUAAUCUGUACUGGGACACAUCUGAUCGAACCAACGGCGGUGUGUUCAAGAAGACCACUUUUUUUGAGGUGUACAAGUAUGGCUAUCUUCGGGCGAAGGGGCGCCAAACACACGGUGGCAGCGAUGUGGGCUGGUCAGUGGUCAUCCCACGUGGCCCAGUCCCAGACAUCGAACCUUUGACUGAUGAAGAAGAGAGAGAACUCAUCGACGGCACUGCUAAGAAGCUCAACGGGCUCAAGCUCGAUAGUAACGGUGUGGGUGCCAGUCCGACCAGCCAUAAUCCGUUCUCGGCUCAAGGGGAAGGCAGAGGGAUGGGCGCUAUUUUUGGUGCCGAUAUUGACUCGCCUACCGACGGAGUUGCAAGCCCCACGACGAGUACGACGGUCGGAUCGCCGUCGGCGUCCCGGGCGGGUGAAGACGACAAUGAGACAGGGUUCGAUGAGAACGGCGAGUUCCAUCCGCGCAGAAUGAUUAAGCGGCGCACUACGUACGGCGAGGAGAAUGCCAAAUGGUACAAGGCGGCAAAGAAGGCAGAGAAGAAGUUGGGAGCUCCGACUAUGCAUUUGGCCUUGUAA